GGCAUUCCAGCUAAUCACCUCAAAAAAGUCCAACAAUUCACCCACAAAAGUAUAGAACGUAGCUCACCAGCAAUCCUGUCAUCAUCUUCCUAAAUCACCCUUUUCUUUUCUUUUCUUUUUCCAUUUGUUCAUUUCAGGGCUAAUUCUUGUAAAAUCUAUCUGCCUAAACAAACUUUUAGGCUGUAAAUUCAGCUUCGCUUUUGUAUCCCAACCAGCUUUAAUCCAUCCUGAUUCCAUGAAAAGAAACUUCUCUUACUGGUAUUAUUCAACUCAAACAUCAGCGAGUUGUUAGUAAACUGAUCAUGGCCAUGGAAACAACUGUUCAUGAGCUUCUUGGAGGUGGAUUUGUGGCUGAUGUGGUGCUAUGGAGGCAAAGAAAUAUAACAAUUGGAAUGUUAAUGAUGGUACUGAUUGUGUGGUUGGUAUUUGAGGAAUCUGGGUAUACUCUGUUAUCUCUUAUAUCUAGUGUUCUGCUGCUGUUGGUCACCAUUUUAUUUGUUUGGUCCAAAGCUGCUUCACUUCUUAACAGACCUGCUCCACCUUUACCAGAGAUAAAUCUAACACAAGAACAAGUAGCGGAGAUGGGUGAGCUCGUUCGUAAAAACAUAAACGCAUUGGUCUUAGUUUGUCGGGAUGUUGCUUUGGGGAAAGAUUCGAGGUUAUAUCUUAGAGUUGCUGCCUGGCUUUUGCUGAUUUCUAUUGUCGGAGGCUUGACCGAUAUUGUCUCGCUAUGCUAUAUUUCCUUUGUUCUGGUUCUUACAGUUCCCGCGCUCUAUGAGAGGUACAAUGAGAUAAUUGAUAAACACAUGAAGAAUGUGUACAGAUGCUUGCAACGGAUCCGUGUAAAGUUAGACUACUACAUAGCUAUGUUAAGGAAGCUGGAUCUUGAAAAAAGGCAAUGAGAAUGAGUACUAAUCGAUUUCAUAUGCGUACAGGCGAUUGUAAAAAGAUUGUGAUAAGCAAGUUCGUCAAUUUUGGCUUACAUUUUUUCUUCUUGAUAGCUUUUUGCCUCUGUUUCGGCUAAAUUGCUUUGUUUGGCUUUGUUCGACAAGCUACUGCUUGAUUUAAUUGACUAAAGCUUGUUUUAUUUGAGAAAUAAGCGUGUUUACAUGAAAAA